GGCUCCGAGGUGUCCAUCUCCUCCAUCUCAACGGACUCCUCCUCUGACGCCCUGAUGGCUAACAUGGCUACAUCUGAAACAACAACAGCAGGAGCAAACUCUUUAGACGGGGACGUGCAGCUGGAGUUUAAGCAGUUAACUCAGUCGAAUUCCAUUGAGGGAGCACGCUGCAAGCUGCACGGAGUGAGAGACCAUGACCGAGGAAAAAGCCAGGGAACCAAGUGCUGCAGAAGUGGGUCCAGAUGAGGGGCCACGUGAAGAGGAGGCUCCUCCGAGGGGGAAAUGGGCCAACAGCAAGGAGUAUCUACUCUCCAUGACUGGGGGAAUCAUUGGCGUUGGGAACUUGUGGCUAUUUCCUUUUGCAUGCUACAGGCAUGGAGGAGCUGCUUUUCUCAUCCCUUACUUUCUGUGCCUCCUCUUCAUCGGCGGCCCUCUCUUCCUACUGGAGACGGCGUUGGGCCAGUACACCAACGAGGGCGCAGUCACAGCCUGGAGGAAGAUAUGUCCCAUGUUCGAGGGGGUUGGGAUAAUGUCCCAAGUGACUGUGUUCUAUAUGAACAGCUACUUCAUCGUCAUUUUGGCCUGGAACAUCUUUUACCUGAUUCACUCCUUCAAAAGCCCCCUGCCCUGGUCUACUUGUGACAACGAGUGGAACUCUGAGUUAUGUCACAGUCCAGUCAACAUGUUCGCAAACCCCCACCUGUUUUCCACCAACACCAGCUGGUCGUUCCUAAACAACAUCACCUUGCCUGAUGACUAUGAGUCCAUACAGUACUUCAAUGUAACGGAAGGAUCACUGUCGGACCAUACUCCGGAGGAGGAGUUCUGGAGGAAUCGUGUGUUAAGAAUGUCUGACGAGCUCUUGGGUAAGGUGCACGGGGACCUGGCUCUUUGUCUCCUGCUGGCCUGGGUCAUAUGUUACUUCUGCACAUGGAAGGGAAUCAAAUCAAUUGGAAAGGUAGUCUACUUCACAGCUACAGUCCCCUACCUGCUGCUGCUCAUCCUCUUCUUUCGUGCAGUGACACUCCCAGGAGCCAGACAGGGCCUGUUCUACUACCUCUAUCCAGAUAUUAGAAUCCUCGCCGACCCAUUGGCAUGGGAGGCUGCAUUGAUGUGUGUGAUGUACAUGUACGCCACGUGUCAAGGGGUGCUGACCACUCUGGGAAGCUACAACCAGUACAACCGCAACUGCUACAGGGAUUGCAUGGCACUGUGCUGCCUGAACUGUGCGACUGGCAUCUUUGUGGGUUUCAUCGUGUUCUCAUUUUUGGGAUUCCUGGCUCACGUGCAGGGAGUGGCUAUAUAUGAUGUUGCCACUUUUGGUCCUGGUUUGAUCUUCAGGGCCGUUCCUAUGGCCCUGUCGGUGCUGCCUGGCUCAACUUUCUGGACUGUGCUCUUCUUCCUCAUGGUCUUUCUCCUGGCCGUCGACUCUCAAUUUAUGUUUACGGAGAGUCUAGCCACAGCCAUCACAGACAUGUUCCCACGUCACCUGAGGAGGCCUGGAGCGAGGGAGGUCCUGGUCCUGGUCAUUGCUGUCGUCUGCUUCCUACUGGGGCUGCCGUUCAUCACUGAGGGUGGGAUAGUCCCCUUUGAAAUUGUUGACAGUUAUGGAGCCAAUGGGAGCAUUUUCCUCUUCAUUUCCUGUUUGGAGACCGUCAUCAUCGGCUGGGUGUACGGAGCGGACCGUUUCUACGACAACAUUGAGGACAUGAUCGGGUAUCGACCGAACCCCGUGAUCAAGUACUGCUGGAUGUUCAUCACGCCUUUCAUCACUGUGCUCUUGCUUGUGUUUAGACUGUUAACUCAAUCCUUUUACUUGGAGCACGGCUCCAGACUUCAACCUUGGGACUCCAUAGUCGGCUUUUUACUUUUCGUCACUCCGCUGAUGUGCAUCCCAGUGUUCAUUUUUGUGGCACUCUGGAGGAACCCCAAUAACAUGACCUCUCCGUCCAGCGACCUGCGUCAGGCGCGGCCCCACAAGCCUGUUCUCACACUGUGUAAACGCGUCAUCUUCAAGGCACAGGGGCCGCCCGUCGGGACCACGGACGAGAGACACGAGAAGAUAAUGAUGGAGGAGCCCAGCGUGGUGUGAUGGUUGUUGAUGGCGCUUGUAGACCCGCAGGAAGUGAUUGUGCAUAUAGGUGGUUUUGAUGACUUUUACCAGUAUGUGACACAUUCAUCAUUUGUAAAAGACGGGUACAUUAAAGUGUAAAAAAUCUAAAUGUAUAUAUUACUCCAAGUAUAAUCAAACACACUGUAUUCAUACUUACCCUUAUCCUUGAUAAACAAUCUGCAGGUUUGUUGGGGUCCGGGUGUCGGAAUUAAAGUAAUGUGAGGGAUGUGAGGAGUGAACAAAAUGUUUCAGUAACUUUUGAAUUCUCUUUUGUACGUGACCAAAAACAGAUAUUUUGAUACUUUGAUAAUUUGCAUAAAAUGUUCCCUUCAGUGUGCAGAUGGUGAAGAACUCUAUGCAUCUCAUUAAAUCUCUGUUUGGUAAA